GCACCUGCCGCCGCCAUGACUGAGCAGAUGACCCUUCGUGGCACCCUCAAGGGUCACAACGGCUGGGUAACGCAGAUCGCUACCACGCCACAGUUCCCCGACAUGAUACUGUCUGCCUCGCGAGAUAAGACCAUCAUCAUGUGGAAACUCACGAGGGAUGAGACCAACUAUGGCAUUCCCCAACGUGCUCUGUGUGGUCACUCUCACUUUGUGAGUGACGUGGUCAUCUCUUCUGAUGGCCAGUUUGCGCACUCAGGCUCCUGGGAUGGAACACUACGUCUCUGGGAUCUGACAACGGGCACCACCACACGCCGCUGUGUAGGCCAGACCAAGGAUGUGCUGAGUGUGGCCUUCUCCUCUGACAACCGGCAGCUUGUCUCUGGCUCCCGAGAUAAAACCAUCACGCUGUGGCUUACUCUGGGAGUUUGCAAGUACAUACAGGACGAGAGCCACUCUGAAUGAGUGUCCUGUGUGCAUUUUUCACCCAACAGCGGCAAUCCCAUCAUCAUCUCCUGUGGCUGGGACAAGUUGGUCACGGUGUGGAACUUGGCUAAUUGCAAACUGAAAACCAACCACAUCGGCCACACAGGCUGCCUGAACACUGUGAAGGUCUCUCCAGAUGGAACCCUCUGUGCUUCUGGAGGCAAGGAUGACCAAGCCAUGCUGUGGGACCUCAGUGAAGGCAAGCACCUUUAUACCCUUGAUGGAGGCAACAUCAUCAACGCCCUGUGCUUCAGUCCCAACCGCUACUGGCUCUGCUGCACAGGCCCCAGCAUCAAGAUCUGGGACUUGGAAGGCAAGAUCAUUGUGGAUGAGCUGAAGCAAGAAGUUAUCGGCACCAGCAGCAAGGCCGAGCCACCCCAGUGCACCUCUCUGGCCUGAUCUGCUGAUGGCCAGACUCUGUUUGCAGGUUAUACAGAUAACCUCGUGCGAGUAUGGCAGGUGACCAUCGGCACUCGGUAG